CAUGCGCAAUACAGCAACAGUCAAUUCGAAACCAAGCGGGGGAAACCACUUCGUGCAGCUGUCACCUUGACGUCAUGCCUGUCUAUGUGCUGUCGGAGGGGGCGGGGCCCCACAUUCAGGUACCAACAGACCAAACCAGGAUUCCCAUUCAUCUUAUCACCACCAAGACGGACUACUCCAACAAAUCAGUCAAGGGGAAAGUGAUUUGUAAAGGCCAGCUGAUGUCAAUAGCAGCUGACGACUUCAUCUUGAAGACUAUCAUCCAAGAAGAAAACUCCCAGCAAAAUACCUCAUUACAGAACCAGUCCAUUAACAUCCUUCUGUUUGGAUCACUGGCCAAAGACUUCGAUAAAGCUGGCAGUCAAGGGGAUGUGGUGGUGGCCUCUGGCUUCACUGUGGCCAAAUCUUCCACAGUUCAUGAGGACAACCUGCACCACUGUAAUCUGCUGCUAUCAGGAGAUGACGCCUGUCUUUAUGUGUCCCGCCUGUUGCCUCCUCCUGACCCCAAAUUCCCAUUGGCCAAAAAGAGAAGCGCCGCACUCUCCUCUGAGGUUUCUAGAAAUACCAAAACCCCCAAAUAUACAUAUGUGGGACUGGGCAACCUGAAGGCUGGAUCAGUCACCAACGUGUACGGAGUGGUGGUCUUCUUCAAACAGCCAUUCAAGAGCAGGGGAACAGACUACUGCUCCAGCCUGAAGAUCACAGAUCAGUCCAACGAGAAGAUUGGCUGCACACUCUUCUGUGAGAAGCUGGAGGACCAUCCUCAAAUCUUUCAAAUCGGAGACAUUGUUCGCAUGCACAGAGUCAAGGCUCAGUGCUUCAACAACUCCAUCACGCUCGUCAACACCUUCGGUUUCUCUGUCCUGACAUUUGACGGGGGAGUUGGUGCAGCUGUGGAGCCACGGACGUCCAGCCGCUCCUUCCACUUUGACCAGGAGACCCGUAAUACUGUGGAGGGGCUGCGAUCUUGGGCAGCCAGCCAGAGUCUCCUGCCCACGGUGCCCACGAUCCCACUGUCUGCCGUUGAGCCCAAGGUUUACUUCGACUUGAACUGCCAGCUGCUGGCCAAAGCCCCCAUCGACACCACCUGCACCCUGCUGAGGGUGUGGGACGGGACCAAGUGUCCUCGCACUCUGCUGAAGGUGAUAGUUGAGGAAAAUGUCUCAGAGGGGCCAUCCGUCUUCUCAAAGAAGAAAGAGGACCUCAUCGCCAACAUUCUCAUCUACGACAACCACGUGGAAUUCGCCAAUCAGCUGAAGCCCGGAGACUUUCUGAGGAUCUACAACCUGCAUGCGAUUUCAGGGUCCAGUAAGGUACCUGGCCUCACCAGCACCCAAUCAGAGGAGGUGGAUCACCUGGCUUUUCAUCUGCACGGUGGAACGGCGUACGGAAGGGGGAUUCGGGUCCUUCCAGAAAACAGCAGCGACGUGCAGGAGCUGAAAAGAGCCCUGGAGGCGUUCCCAAGCGACGACGCCGAAGAUGUCCUGAACGACUCCGAGUUUUGUGACAUCUGGAGCACUCCGCCAGAGUCUCUAAGUUUGACAGAGCACUGUAUAGAUGGUGAAAGAGCAGAGUGCAGCACAGAGAGAAGCUGCAGUCACGACUUGCAGCCAGUGACGCUGUCCGAGCUGAAGCGAUCUGAACCGGGUCAAAUUCACCACGUCACAGUCCAGCUGAGAUCCUACGAGCCGCAAAGACUCCACCAGGCUCUGAAACUCUACUGCAGCAAGUGCACAUCUAUGCUGGACGUCCCAGAUGAUGAACUGGUAGCUGGUGUCUUUUUGAAGGCUUCCAGGGACCCUGGAUCCUGGAGUCCCCCGCUGUGCUUGCUCUCUGGGAAGGUUGACGUCCCCGCAGACUCUGCAGAAUCCCAGAAGCGAGCUCUGAGUGUUCACCUGUCCACCCAGCUCAUGUCUGAGGGCAAAACCAAAGAGCUCAUCUUCCUCAGGGGUUCGACUCUGGAGGAAACAUGUCGACUGGCAGCUGGGUACAAGAACAUCAUCCCUGUGAGGCCGUCAGGCGGUCACCUGGCUCUGCUUGACAUGUCUGCACCUUUCCUGUUCAGGGGCAGAAAGAGAUACUACGGGUGUGAGCGGUGCUCGAGGGCGACAGUGAGGGAGCCGUUUGCUGAAGGAGUCGAGACGAUCGAUGAGAAGAUCAUCGCAGAAGCUCUUGGUGUCCAGCUGCUCCAGUAUGUCCUGCUGAUGAAGCUCAAGCUGCAGGACGCCACUGACACGCUGGAGGUCUUCCUGUGGAGAGACGCUGAGUUGUUCUUCAGCGUGAAAGCGGAGGAAGCAGCAGCCAAUCAGGAGGCUCAGAAAAGCAUCCAUCAAACCAUGGAUGCCGUUUGUCCACCAGGGGGCAGUGAAGAUGGGCGUCCUCAGCUCAAUUUGUGUCUGACAGCGUACCAAGUAACAGAUGACGAGGGACAGAACCAAACCUGCUACCAGAUCUGCAACACCUCUGUCAUCAGACCCUCCUCCUCCUCAUGGUCUGAACCAGACCCUGCCUGAGCCCCUGCAGGUCGGAAGUCACCGUCAAACCAGCAAGAACAGUUUUAUUUUUAAAUAUUUUUGUAUUAUUUAUAUGUUGUCAAGCGAUAAUAAAUGUAAAUACUGCUGACUGA